AUGGCUUCAAAACGUGCACAACGUCUCGAACAAGUCGAAAAAGGUCUUGUAAAUCUUUCUUUAGCCGGUCAAGCUAGUGAUGAUUCUGAUGAUGAUUCAAAACGAAAACAUAAUAAGAAAAAAAAUGUUCCACCAAAAACUAAACAACCAACUAAAGUAGUACCAUCAAAACAUACAGCAUCUGAUGAUAAUGAUGAUAAUAAUGACCAUCAAACAACGAAAACAACAACAAAACAUACUGCUCAACAUAAUGAUUCAGAUGAUGAUAAAAAACGUAAUAAAAAUAAGAAUAAAAAAAAUAAAGGAAAAAAACAUCAUGAUGAUGAUGAUGAUGAUGAUGGUGAUGGUGAACAUACAUCUGUAAAACAAGGUUCUCUUUCAGCUGAUUCAGAUGAUGAUGAUAAUCGACACAAGAAAAAAAAUAAAGGAAAGAAAGGACAAAAUAAAACUAAUGAUAAUGAAACAACUGAAACAACUCACCAUGAAACUAAAACUGAGCGAAAAAAACCAAAAGGUGGUAAAAAAAAUUUACAAUCCGAUAAUGAAGAUGAUAAUGAAACAACUGAAACAGCUCACCAUGAAACUAAAACUGAGCGAAAAAAACCAAAAGGUGGUAAAAAAAAUUUACAAUCCGAUAAUGAAGAUGAUGAUGAAAAUAAUGAUGCUCAACCAACAGUUGUUCAUAAAGAAGCUCAACAAGCUGAUGUCAACUUUUCCGAUGAAUCAGAUGAUAAUACACAAUCGAAGAAAAAAAAUAAAAAACAAAAACAACAAAAAAAAGAUGGUAAAAAACAAACAACAAAAGCUGAAUCAGAAAAUGAAGAACACGAUAAAAUUAAAGAUGAGGAUGAACCUGUUAUCAAUAAUCAACCAAUUGAACUAAAAGAAGUUUCACAAGCACCUAUUGAAUUUAGUGAUUCAGAUGACAAUGAUAAAAAAAAACAAAAAUCAUCAAAGAAAAAACAAAAACAUGUUACAUCUGAGCAACCACAACCAACUCCUGUCAAGCAAGAACCUCCACCAUCUGUUGUCGAACCAGAACCUGCACCAACUAUUGUUCCACAAGAACCAAUACCACAGCCACCACUUCCUUCGACCGAAACAUCAAUAACAAAAAAGAAAAUUUCAAGUAAAGAAUUAAAAAAAUUAGUAGCUGCUGAAGAAGAUACUCCGGUGGAUGACGACGAAGAAACAGAAACUGUUAUAGAAACAAAACGAGAAGAACCAAUGGAUAAACCAAUUGAAAAAAAAAUAACACGAAAAGAACUUAAAAAUCUUGAAAAAAAAGCAGCUUUUGAAAAACUUAUUGCAGAAGCACCUGAAACUGAUCAAUUUUCUGUAUCACAAGCAUCAACACAAAAUCGACAAGCACAAUUAUUUGAAACUGCUAUUGAUAUUAAAAUUGAAAAUUUUUCAAUAUCAGCACGAGGUAAUGAUUUAUUUGUUAAUGCUACGUUGAAUAUAGCUAAUGGUCGUCGAUAUGGUCUUGUUGGACCAAAUGGUAUGGGUAAAACAACAUUACUUAAACAUAUUUCUAAUCGUCAAUUAGCUAUACCACCAAAUAUUGAUGUUUUACUAUGUGAACAAGAAGUUCAAGCUGAUGAAAAAACUGCUCUUGAAAUAUUAUUAAUGGCCGAUAAAAAACGUUUAAGUUUACUUGAAGAACAAAAACGACUUGAAUCACAACUUGAAACAUCAAAUGAUGUUGAAUUACAAAAUAAACUACGGCAUGUUUAUGAUGAAUUAAAAGCUAUUAAUGCUGAUGCAGCUGAACCAAAAGCACGACGAAUUCUUGCUGGUCUUGGUUUUACACCAAAAAUGAUAGCACGUCCAUCAAAAUCAUUUAGUGGUGGUUGGCGUAUGCGUAUAUCUCUUGCUCGUGCACUUUAUAUGGAACCAACAUUAUUAAUGCUUGAUGAACCAACAAAUCAUCUUGAUCUUAAUGCUGUUAUUUGGCUUGAUAAUUAUUUACAAUCAUGGAAAAAAACUUUAUUAGUUGUAUCACAUGAUCAAUCAUUUUUAGAUAAUAUAUGUACGGAUGUCAUACAUUUAGAUAAUAAAAAAUUAUAUUAUUAUAAAGGAAAUUAUUCAUUAUUUAAAAAAAUGCUUUUACAAACACGUGCACAACAAUUAAAAGAUUAUGAAAAACAAGAACGUGCAUUAGAUGACCUAAAAAAACAUGGUCAUUCAUCAAAACAAGCAUCAGCUAAAGUUGGUAAACGUGAAGAACAAAAAUCAAAAGAGAAAAACCGUGGACGAAAACAAGAUACAGUUGAUGAUGAAACAACUAAUCGAAAAGAAUUAUUACAAAAACCAAAAGAAUAUGUAGUUCGAUUUCGUUUUCCAUCACCACCACCAUUAAAUCCACCUGUAUUAGGUGCAUAUGAUGUUACAUUUCGUUAUGAAAAUCGUGAAACACUUUUUGAAAAACUUAAUUUUGGUGUUGAUAUGAGUAGUAGAAUUGCCAUUGUUGGACCGAAUGGUGUUGGUAAAAGUACAUUUUUAAAAUUAUUAAUGGGUGUACUAGAACCAACUCGUGGUGAAAUUCGUCGAAAUCAUCGUCUUCGAAUUGGUCGUUUUGAUCAACAUGCUGGUGAACAAUUUAAUUUAGAAUUAUCUGCUGUUGAGCAUUUAAAACGAUCAUUUAAUAUGCCUGAACAAGAUACAAGAAAAUCUCUCGGAAGUGUUGGUUUACCUGGUCGUGCUCAUACAAUUAAAAUGAAAGAUUUAUCUGGUGGACAAAAAGCUCGUGUUGCACUAUCGGAUUUAAUAGCACGUGAACCUGAUGUAUUAAUUCUUGAUGAACCAACAAAUAAUCUUGAUAUUGAAUCAAUUGAUGCAUUAGCUGAAGCAAUUAAUGAUUUUAAAGGUGGUGUCAUUAUUGUUUCACAUGAUGAAAGACUAAUACGUGAAACAAAUUGUCAAUUAUGGGUUAUUGAAAACAAACAAAUUAAUGAAAUCGAUGGAGAUUUUGAUGAUUAUAGAAAAGAAUUACUUGAUUCAUUGGGUGAAGAUAUUAUUCAUAAUCCAAGUGCAGCAGCAACAGCAGCUGCAACUAUUUAA